GCGUGCUUCAUAAGUAGCUCGCCGCUCGCAUCGCUGCGGAUCACCGACGGUGGUCUGUUAACGAAUAAGCGGCGAAUCAGAGUAGGUUAAGUGCAUUCGUAUUGUGAUAUCGUGUCUUCGUCCAUUAGUUCUCUUUUCUCGAUAUUAAUUUUGGACGCCAGGCAUGGAUUAGUCUUUCUGUUUCUGUUUACGGCAACUAUUUGAGAUUUCAUGAUCGCCAAGUGGAAUUCCGUUACCGUUGCACUCGUCAGGUGCACUUUCUAAAGUGUGACUCAUAACAGCAGUUGAUGAAAGGAUAAAAAAGCAAUAAUGCCACUCUGGAAAUCUGUCUAGUUUAUCAGCAGUGAGAGCCUGCGAUAAUCCUCAGGAUGAUGGAGGGACCACUGAGCCAAGGCGCUUCACCAUCCAGCGGUGGCAACUUUCCAGCAAGUGGCAGUGGUGAUCUCAAUUCGUCCACCAUAAUGAGUCUAGAUGAGAGGAUACUAGACAUCACGACACGGCACAGUACAAAUGUCCUCAGGACACCUCCAACCAAGAAAGCCAAGAGAGUUCGAUUCUUCCGCAAUGGCGACAAGUAUUACACAGGCGUGGUGAUGGCAGUGACACCAGAGAGAUACCGCAGCUUCGACAGUCUUGCGUCCGACUUGACGCGCGCCUUGGUAUCAAGCGUGACCCUGCCGAACGGCGUUCGGUCGAUUUACACUAUGGACGGCCGCAAGGUGCAGAGUGUCAGCGAUCUGGAGGACGGCAAGUGUUACGUGGUGUCCGGCCAGGGGGAGAUUUUCAAGAAAGUCGAAUACUCGGCGUCGAAGGUGCGCCGGGGAAGUUCUCUGUCCGGACUGCCACAGUCGCCUGCGGCUGGGAGCGGCAGUGGUGGUGGUACCGGCAGGCAGAUCAACGCCAUACCGCUGUGCGUGAAAGCGCGCAUCGUGACGUUGAUCCGCCACGGUACCAAGCCGCGCAAGGUGAUGCGCCUAUUGUUAAACAAGCGGAACGCGCCAAGCUUGGAGCACGCGAUGGAGGCGAUCACGGAGGCGGUGAAACUCGACUCCGGAGCGGUGAGGAAAGUGUACACGCUGUCGGGCCAACAGGUGACCUCGCUCGAGCAUUUCUUCGAGAACGACGACAUCUUCGUGGCUUACGGCCCGGAGAAGUCCGUUCAAGAGGACUUUGAGCUGGACUUCGAGGAGAGCAAGUGCGUACAGAGCUUCCGGCGAUGUCCGUGGAGCUCUAAGCGACAGAGUGGUCCAAUGCCGCGAAUGCCGAAGAAGUCCGGCAAGAAGACACUCACCACACCGCAAGUCAGGACUCCCAGUCCUUCGUCCUUAAUACUGCCGCAACCACUGAGAUUACAUUAUGCUGUGGGACAUGUCAUUGGAGAUGGAAACUUCGCUGUCGUUAGGCAUUGCGUUCACAAGUCUACCGGUGCUGAGUACGCUAUGAAAAUCGUGGAUAAAUACAAGUGUCAGGGGAAGGAGACGAUGCUAGCAAGCGAGGUGGCAAUCCUGAGACAAGUCUGUCAUCCUAAUAUAAUCAGCUUAAUCGCGGAACAAGAAACUGCGGAUCAACUAUUUUUAGUCAUGGAACUCGUCAAGGGUGGAGAUUUAUUUGAUGCAAUCGCAUCUGCGACAAAAUUCUCCGAGGCGGAGGCCAGCGUUAUGAUCGGUCAUCUGACUUCCGCCUUGGCUUAUUUGCAUUCGCAUCAUAUCGUGCACCGCGACGUCAAGCCGGAGAACCUUCUGGUUGAGAUGGACGGCAGUCACGUUAGAUGCUUGAAACUGGGUGAUUUCGGACUCGCGCAGGUAGUGCGAGAACCUUUGUACACAGUCUGCGGUACACCCACUUAUGUGGCACCGGAAAUACUUGCUGAAACUGGAUAUGGCUUGAAGAUCGAUGUUUGGGCGGCUGGAGUGAUUCUGUACAUUCUCUUGUGUGGCUUUCCGCCGUUUGUGUCGCUGGAGAACGAGCAGGAGGAAUUGUUCGAGCGCAUCCUGAGUGGCCAGUAUGAAUUCACAUCUCCGUAUUGGGACACUGUGUCGGAUUCCGCGAAGCAGCUGAUCUCCAAUAUGCUGCAGGCGCAGCCGGAGCUUCGUUUUAGCGCCGAGGAUGUUUUGGACCAUCCAUGGCUCGCGCAGAGCUUUCUAGGAGGCGAACAGACCGCAGACACAGCCGCUGACUCAUCGGCGGAGCAAUACCGGGAUCAGCAGCGUAAGCCGAUAAGAUUGGCCACGUUCGAGUUCGAUUUCAAGAAGCAGCGCGGCGAGAAACAGGACGAUGCCAAGGUGAGAGCUGACUGGGCGAACAACGUGGAUCAUCGCGAGUCUAACAAGACUCGGGGGAAAUCGAAUGAGCGGCACGGCGACGAGAUUGACUACGCCAAUGGCAAUCGCACCGCGGACGAGUCUGUCUUUAUCAGCUCCGAGUGCCUGAGAGACAUCAACAGCCUCAGCCGAUCGAUGCACGACCUGAUAGAUAAUCUGAAUGACAACAGAGUGCCGCGGCGUCGUCUCAAGUCACGAAGCACCAACUCAUCACUCAACAGCAUUCCGGAGAACCUAAACUCGUACAAUUAUCACAGCAGUUCGCUGAAUCAUUGUGACGAGAUCGUUGAAAAGGCUGCCGCGACUCCCAGGAGUCAUCAAAGGGACCUGAAGAACGGAAAUUUGCUGAACAAAGCAAUAUACGAGACGCCGAAAUCGUCGAGCAAGCCCGCCACUGCGAACGGACAGAAUAAUAAAUAUAACCGGAAGAACUUGUACGACGCAAAUCGCGGCGGGGGCAGGUUCGACAGCGACGACUUUCGCAACAGCAAUGCGACCGUGUCGACGUCGAGCGGCAGCUUGACCGGCGACAGUUCGACCGGCAACGACAUCGAGACCUCCGACAGCUUCGUAAACAUUCAAUUCGCGCGACUGGCGCGCGGACAAAAAUCGAGCUCGACGCAGAGCAUGGAGUCGACCGACAGCUUCGAAAACGUUAGCUUCCAGUACGCGAAUCAGAACAACUGCCACGCGGAUCGUUCCUCGCAGAUUCCUUUGAAACUCGCGGGCAGUAAGGAUCAGAACAAGUCUGUCGCGAAGAUGCUGCAGAGCCGAAUCGUCGCGUUGAACGUGUCAAGGUUGCCGAGGCUGGACAAUCAUCCUGACAAGAACUGCGGCAACCAGAAAAUUCAAGAAACAAAUAAGAACGCGUGCGCGAAGGACGAGCCGGUGAAACUGCGUCACGAAAGGUACAUCAACAGAAAGGUUCAGAUAGACUCUAGAAACGUCCGAAGCAAGAGAUACAGCUGCUUCACGCCUUGCGCAACGAACAAAUCGCCCGAGGAGAUCUGCGGCAACAAAGUGGCGACACGGAAGUUCAAUUCGACGGACGAAUUGCGCGACGAGGUGAGGCAGAAGCCGGCGACGCGGACGAAGCGGUUCAGCUUGUACUACACGCCGCAGCCGUCGAGGAAAACGUACGAAGGUGAGCCGAAGGCCGGUAGAGUUGUGUGCAAGUCGGCGGCUCGCGUGCACAAGUCCGAGAUAAGCAAGGGGAAGGACAGAGAAGAAGCCGAGAGAGUGGAGAAGGUAGAUAAGAGCCGGAGAUCGGUGAUUGACGCGUCGACGGUCGCCAGCAGGGGCAAAUCCAAUAAGCAGAACGUUCAUGUGAGGCCGAACACAGUGGUGAACGCGAACAGGAUAAAGUGAUGACGAGGGUUGAGGUGAUUGCUCAUCGAGAGUGUGCGGACAUCUAAUCGCUGACGCCGCGACCGGUCCGCGCUGAAAGUGUCCGAUGUUCAGCGCUCCGAGAGUGAAGCACUGGUUACGGCGACAGUGUCAACACUCCAGCGACACGCAAGACUGUCUUCUUCCUGAUCACCGCGUACGUGCAUUGAGAAAAGUUCCGCGCUGCUUUGAAUUUUCUUAAAUUGCAUUUGGGGAAAUAAGUGGGAGUGACACUAACAUUUUGCGAAGACAGAACCGAUCUGCUUAUUUCUUAGAUUUUGGAUUCCAAUCAACAACGUCAACGAAAAGUAUUAUAACAAUUGAGCUAUGAUUUUUUUAGCUACAGUUUUUUGUAUUUUUAACUGUAUGUAAUAUUUUUUUCUCUUUCUGAAAACUUGUCAGUUACGAAAAGUAGAAAGAGAGAAGCAAUAGAUUAAUAAAUACAGAACUGCAAUGAAUUAGAAUUUUACAAUACUUUUUUGGAGCAUAUAAAAUAAUAUGAUUGUUGAAAAAAAUGCAGUUAUAAUACUUUUCAUUGAUCAUCGAGUGUUCCGUAGAUUACCUAAUGUGAAAUAGUAGCACAUGAGGUGAUGCAAAACUUUUUUAACUGCGCAUAUAUUUCCAUAGAGUUUCUGCUAAAAGAUUGAAUAACCGAGAGAGACCAAAGACGGGCAAAGUAUGAGAUUUUUCAUGAAGCGUAAAGUCGGAUUUAAAUUCAGCCUGCAAAAUUUACGUUUAUACCAGUGUCAGCUUCUGGAAUCUGGACCUGCUAGCAAUUAGUAUUUACAAUUCGUCCUUUAUAGAUAUUGUCCUUAGCUGGUAAGAGUAAUAUAUAAUUAAUCUCGAUUAGUGCUAACCGACGUUGAUGUAAUCAGUCUUGAAUCGUCCGGGACUGAAAGGUGAUCGUGACAGCAGCACUAAAGUAGCAGUGAGUGAUGAUAACGGAGAUAGGAAACAGGCGAACUUCGAAUUAAGAACAAAACAUGCCAAAUGCAUUUAAGUAGAUUAUUUUGUAUCGAAUGUUUACUAAGUCUAGUUAUAGGAACUGCAUGUAGAUGAAGUAUUUCGAGCGACACCCUUUCGGUUCCGCGACAGAGAGCGGAAAUUUUGACAGGACUCAUGUCAGCAAGAAUGAAUUUUACGGCAAUCUUCAAUGCUGAUUUAUAUUUAUUGCUUGCAAAUCUCGUUUUAAAUUACAGAAAACUUAUCUUGCGUGAUAUAUAUUUUAUAGGCUCGAAGAUACACGAUGUAUUUUCUCUUAGAAAAUGAAAUGCACCGAAAGGGUUAAACUAGAAGGUAGAAAGACUAAGCUUUAUUUACGAGAAGACUACAUGCGAUUAACGAUUAGUGAUUGGUAUUAAAAGCAAGAAUUUUUGUAAUGAGAGACAAAGGGCGAUGAAUCGGGCGAUUUUGAGAUGCCGGACAAGCGCAUAAACUUGCUCAAGGAAAGACGGGAAGAUACUUAUUUUUAUAAAGAGAUCGCGGAAUUGUAGCAAUAAAAUAUAACAUUGGAAAUUGACGAACAAGUGCAUGCGCUACAAACAAAGAAAGAUAUCUAUUAUUAAAAUUAUUUUUGUAGGUGUUGAUAAAGUGAAGGCAAGAACUGAUGGUGCCACUUUUAUCAAAUUAGUGAAAAAAAAAAACAUUUCUGGAAAGAAAAUUGUGCUUAUAAUGUAUCUAAAUUUGGGACACAAUAAAAUUUGAGAAAUUUUUUGAAACCUGAAGAUGUUAAAAGUGACAAGAAGAUAAAAUUUCUCAACAAUAUUAAACGAUAAAUUUUUAAAUUUCAAGAUUCGGUCAGGUUUUGGCUUGACUUUAUCAAUUGAAAAAAAUCGUCAAAAUCGUCAGUUAUUAUAGCGUCGCGCCUUUUGUCACUUUCUGUCAAUGCUGAUUUGUGGUCUUUCCCUUGCUGCAACGAUUCUCCGAUAAUUUUUGUAAUGCGAUCGUAUGAUGUCCAUCAAACAAAUUGUGUACAUAAUUGGAGCGAUGUUGCGCUCGAUUACUCGCGAAACGGUGGAAAUAGUUGGCUACUGUGAUUCGUUUGCUUGUCAUUCAUUUACUCGCGCUUUCCCCAUCGCGGGGGAUUCCGAUUUCUAGAAUUUAUUCGCGAAUUUGUUAGUAAUCGGUAAUUUAAAGUACUCUCAUUUUUCUCGUUCCGUUGUUUUGUCCUUGAUAUCGUACUAAUUGUAACACACCAAUUUGCGCGCGUUUGUAGUUCGUAGGUUUUAAACGUGAUUCAUGCCAAAUAUUAAAAUGCAUUGACUAGCUAUUUAUAUUAUUAUUAUUAUAUUAUACACGUAUAUAUAAAUAUGGUAUUCGUAUGAAGGCAGGUUUCAUGUCGACUUCAUUCUCCGUCUGUGAAUCAGCUACGUCUAUUUUUUUGCUUGCGAUUUGCAGUAAUAUUAACAAGAAAGUGCAACAUCUCAUGUCAGUUUUACAAUGUUAAUUUUUUGUGUUUAUUCUAUAAAAAUAUAUCCGCACUAUAUAUAUAAA